AUGGGGGAUUGGAACUUAUUAGGGAGCAUUUUAGAAGAGGUCCACAUUCACUCCACCAUCGUGGGAAAGAUCUGGCUCACCAUCCUCUUCAUUUUCCGCAUGCUCGUGCUCGGCGUGGCCGCCGAGGACGUGUGGGACGACGAGCAGAGCGAGUUCGUCUGCAACACGGAGCAGCCCGGCUGCAAGAACGUCUGCUACGACCAGGCGUUCCCCAUCUCCCUCAUCCGCUACUGGGUGCUGCAGAUCAUCUUCGUGUCCUCCCCGUCGCUGGUCUACAUGGGGCACGCGUUGUUCCGCUUGAGGACCAUCGAGAAGGAGCGGCACAGGAAGAAAGCCUUGCUGAAAGCCGAGCUGGAGGGGACGGACCCCGUCCAGGAGGACCACAAGAGGAUCGAGCGGGAGCUCAGGAAGCUGGACGAGCUGAAGAAAGUGAGGAAGGCUCCCCUGAGGGGCUCGUUGCUGCGCACGUACGUUUUCCAUAUCUUAACCAGGUCCGUGGUGGAGGUGGGUUUCAUUAUAGGCCAGUGCGCUCUGUACGGCAUUGGACUGUCUCCUCUGUACAAAUGCGAGAGGUUGCCUUGCCCCAACAGUGUGGAUUGCUUUGUGUCGCGGCCCACCGAGAAGAACAUCUUCAUGGUUUUCAUGCUGGUCAUUGCCGGAGUCUCUUUGUUCCUCAACCUCCUGGAGAUCUUCCACCUGGGGGUGAAGAACAUCAAGCAAAGCUUGUACGGAUACAAGUACGGGGACGACGACAGCGUGUACAGGUCGAAGAAGAACUCCAUGGUGCAGCAGGUCUGCAUGCUCGCCAACUCCUCGCCACAGAGGUUGAUGCACUUCACGCAGGUGUCCUGCCCCGCCGCGUCGGAUGCUCACAGGCAGCAUUUGGAUCUGGCUGCCGCGGGCAACCGGAAGCCCUUGUGCAGCAGCGACGAGUCGAACGGACCUCACGCCGCGGGCCGGCCGCAGUACGCGGGGCCUCGGCCCACGCUGAUGGGCGGCCACAUGGAGAUCCCGACCGCCCUGAGGAACGCGCAGAGGAAGCAGAGCAAGGUGAGCGCUUGCAAGGAGCUCAGCGACAUGAGCGAUUCACCGGAGAGCGACUACCUCCCCACAGCCAGGAAGUGCAGCUUCAUGUCCCGGGGACUGUCGGAGAGCAUGCUGACCAGUACGUCCGACAGCGGCAACUCCCAGAGCGGAUCGGACGUCGAGGCCCAGCACUUCAACCAGGGGGAGAGUCUGGCGGUGACCCCGCCGCCUCCAUCGAGCGGGAGGAGGGUGUCCAUGAGCAUGAUUCUGGAGCUGUCCUCUAUCAUGAAGAAAUAA